AUGACUAGAAAAAAAUCGGAAAAAAUUACAAUAGUCCCAUUUUAUGGAGGAGGUAAGGGCCAAGCUCUUCAAAUAGUGGAAAACAAGGAAGGCCAAGUAACCACAACCAUUAUAAAGAUACCAGAGAAUUAUUCAGAAAAUUUAGAGGAAACUAUAAAUACAGCUGAACUAGAAAAUCCACCGUUACCCUCGAAAUAUGAGCUUGAUGAGUUCGGAAACUACGUAAGAAGUAUACAAAGUACUGCUCUCAAAGUGAUCAAGUUACAAGAAGCCGCUAAGAGAAAUGGAAAGUUAAGUGAAGAGGAGGAAGUCAUUUAUAAGGAAAGUAUGGACAGUUUAAAUCAAUCGGCAAAAAAUCUGGCAAAACUUCAGGAAGAGACUAAUCCGUUGGAUUUCGAAGGUAGGGAAGGACUAAGCGCUUGGUUUGAAAGAAGACAGACGAACAAGAAAGACAAAGACAAAAAUAAACGUAAAGAAGACGAAGAUAAGAAAAAGAAAGAAGAAGAUAAGAAACGCAAAGAGGAGGAAGACAAGAAGAAGGCAGAAGAAAACAGGAAAAAAGAGGAACAGAAGAUAAAGGAAGAGGAAAGGAAGAAGGAGGAAGAAAAGAAUAAAGAAGAUAACCGAAAGAAGGAAGAAGAAAAACAGGAGGAGGAGGAAGAUGAUGACGAUGACAGUAUUACUAUUAAUUUACCACCGGAAGAUGCUUCAGUCGCUGAAGCUAAGCCUGUGGGACUUGCAGUUGCAGGUGAAGGUGGUGUAGCAGCAAGUAAACCAAUAGCAACAGCUGUAGUCGGUCCAGGAGGUUUGGCCAUCGCCCGACCUGUGGGGACCGCUAUAGCGGGUGUUUCCCCCGAACAAGCCCUAAUUCCCAUUCAAGCUCAACAAUACAUAGCUGGAACGAAAUCGAAAACUACCUCAUCGAUUGCGAAUAAACAAGAUUCCGAAUUUAUAAAUAGGCUAAUCAGCAGAUAUCAUCAGAACUGA